CCCAACCGCCGCUAUAAACUAUCCAAACGGGUAGAGGAGAGCGGCCUAUCAAGUACAGAUAAACGUCCAUGGCGGCAGAAGUUCCUUCCGCCACGUCCGCUGCCAGUGGCACAAUUUCACUUCCGCAAGAGAAACGGUACCGGUCCAUCUUCGACGUCCCAUCUGACUUCUUCGACCGAUGCCGCUUACUUUCUCCCUCCUCGGCUUUAGUUUCCGAGACCCCUGAGAAUCCUGAGAAUCCCAAAAUAGUUGAAAACCUAUACGAGAAUGAUAGUAAGGAAGAGAAGAGUUCCAAAAAUGGUGCAGCGAGGUUUAGAUGGACCUGCAACACCUGCAAGGCCGAAUUCGAGUCGCUUCAUGACCAACGGUCUCAUUUCAAAUCCGAUAUUCAUAGAAUUAACGUUAAGCUAAGCAUUGCAGGGAAGGGAAUUAUGAACGAGGAAGAUUUAGAUGCAUUAACAUCUGAUUCUUUUAAAGAUUAUGAUAUAUCGAGUAUAUCUGGAUCAGAAGAUGAAGAGGAUAAAGAAUCCAUCGCUCGUGAUGAUAAGCAAAAGAGAUCAAUUGAGAGUAUUAAGAAGAAGCUGUUCAUCCGUCUUCAUACAGGAGAAAGGGUUUCACUUUGGAAGUGUAUGCUUCUGAAUGAGUCUGAAAGUGUUUCCUAUGACAACGAUAAAGAAGUUUUUUCUGACCAUGAUAUGCAAUGCCUGAAAGAGAGUGAAGUGGUUGAAAGAUUGAAAUUUCUGAGUCAUGAGCCUAGAGAUAAGACAUGUUUGAGGAUUGUUUUGCUUGCAAGUGGAGGGCACUUUGCUGGCUGUGUCUUUGAUGGUAAUGCGGUUGUGGUUCACAAAACCUUCCACAGAUAUGUUGUAAGGGCUAAAGCUGGUAAAAAACAGUCCUCAAAAGAUGCAAGUGGCAGGGCUGCUCAUUCUGCUGGAGCUUCACUUCGCCGGUACAAUGAACUUGCUCUUAAAAAGGACAUUCAAGAAUUAUUUGCUGCUUGGAAGCCUUAUUUUGAUGCUUCCACCUGUGUUUUCAUCCAUGCUCCUUCAAGCAAUCGUCAACUCUUUUUUGAUGGAGAUAAAACAUAUUUUAGCCAUGAGCAUUGUUUUGUUAGAAAUGUACCAUUGAAUGUUCGAAGGCCUACUCUCAAAGAAACUCGUCGUAUCUAUAACCAAUUGACACAAUUUGCUUAUGAAGUAGAUGUGAAGGAAGUUUUAUACGCCGCUAGAGGGGACUUUGUCUUAAUUGAAAACACUAUUACUGAUGACAGUCCAGGCUCUGAAAAAGAGGGCUUGAAGGAUGGUGUUAAUUUUAGGGAAACUACUGAAUCUUCUUCAAGUCACAAAGACUCUGGUGAGCUGAUAAUAUCUAGUAAAACAGAUAGUGAAAGCGAAGUGAUUGGCAUAACAACACCUUUGCAUGAAGCUGCAGAGUCUGGCAAUGCCCUUAAAGUCCUUGAACUUUUAGAACAAGGUAUGGAUCCUUGUGUUAAGGAUGAAAGGGGGCGGACCCCCUAUAUGCUGGCAGAUGACAAGGAAGUCAGAAAUACUUUCCGGCGAUUUAUGGCUUCAAAUCUUGAUAAAUGGGAUUGGCAUGCUGCUAAAGUGCCUAGUGCAUUGACAAAGGAAAUGGAGGAAUCACAAGCCACUAAGCAGGCUGAGAAAGAUGCCAAGAGGAAAGCAAGAGCAAAAGAAUUGAAGAAACUGCGUAAAGCUAGAGAAAAAGCUCAGGCUCAGACUGGAGUAUCCCAGAAUGCCACAGCAGCUGUAGAUAAUCAAGCCAAGUCGCGCACUAUCAAGGAACAAUCUCGUGGUACAGAACUGCGGCUAUCUAAAGAGGAGGAAUUGAAGAGGGCACAGGCUGCUGAAAGGGAAAAGAGAGCAGCUGCUGCAGAGAGGAGAAUGGCUCCAGCUGCUGCUCUCAAUGUUCAGAGCAGCGGCACAACUAGUGUUGUUAACAAGGAACAACCCAAAAGUGGAUUGGCGAAUGAUAUAAUAUGUUCCUGUUGUAAUACAUCAUUGGCCGGCAAAGUUCCAUUUCAUAGGUAUAAUUACAAAUACUGCAGUACGUCAUGUAUGCACGUACACAGGGAGAUACUUGAGGAUGGAUAAAUGUGAAUUACUUAAAAGCUUUUAUUCUGUGAUUUUCCCCCCCUCAUUGAGUACCUGCAUAUAUUUGUAAUUUUAAGAGGUAUUUUCUUGACUUUCAUAUUCAUUAAUUUGUCCAUAAGUUUUAUGCUAGUUCAUUGUUUUAAUCCAAA